AUGCAAAUUCUUUAUUUUCUUCCAUAAAAUAUCAAAUCAGCUAAUAUUAGUUUUUGGAUUCCAUACAUCUGGACCUAAAAUUAAAUUCUUUUUGAUUAAUGGUAUUUUUACAUUAUUCUAAAUAAUAGUUUCUACAAUAAGAUAUUUAUAAUUGGCCAGUGGUCAUUUCUCAAACAAACGAAGAGUUUAUCUUUAAUUAUUUAACUAUUAAACCUAUCAUUAAAUACAAAUUACCUAAAAGAAUAUAAUUACACUCUUUUUUAACAUGUCUCAACUAGAUCUCCAGAAAAUUUUAUUGACAAAAUAUUUUUUUUUAUUGAAAAAUGUAAAUCAACAGAAUAAAGAAAAAUUCGACCUAGUUUUGUAUUAGAAUUGAUAUUCGAUGAGGGUAUCAAAAAAUAUAUUGUAUUAAGGUUCUAAAAAUGAUGCUUCUUAAAUAAAUACAAAUUAAAAAAUUAGAAAAUAUUAAAAGAUAUUUGAAAAGGUGUUUAAUAAAAUUAAUUAAAAUGAGAAGAAAAUUGAAAAUGAUUGA